CUCAUUAAAAAAUUGCCUUGAUAAUACUGUAUAAAAAUAUCAAAGGACCAUUGAAAAAAUACGCCGGAUCAAUAGGCCAGUUCAUAUUCUCACAUAAAAUGAGCCGGCAAAGACAAGUCGGGCGCCGGGGUUUUUCCAGUAGGAAAACAAUAUUGUCGGCAUUUAGGCGGGCGUAUAAAUAAUUAAAGCGUCCACGAUCGGCAGCGAGGUACAUGGUGGCUGGCAUGAAGCGUUUGUAAACGUCGUUUGUACGCAACGAUUGUAAAGUCCGUCGGGUAGGAGGGAUGGACGGAGGCAUUCAUGUUCGGGAGUGCGCGGUUGUUGGCGGGAAGGACGCACAUAGUAGGCUUAGGUCUAUACUUGACGGGCGGGGCUACGCCGCCAGCUGGCAGACACCGAUCGACCGCGUAACUCCGCGACGUAAACUAGUACCCGAUGUAUUUCGUUGAUUUUCACGUUUCCGCGUGCCGUUUUGUGCGGACCGGCUCCUAAUUUAUUUAUUUGUGGUGUAUCGGUGCGUUUGCGGGCCGUAAGACGCGUGUGAUUGUGAGUUGGAGGGUUUUCGUGUCGGGCGCACGAAUCCGAGACUGGCGUCAACCGGGCCUCAGCUGUUUCCCGCCAAACGCCGCUACCAGAAAACCUCUGCGAGGCGUAGCGUAUGUUGGCUGUGUGACCGCGCUCCGGCGUACUACUAGUGAAUACACACCGAAUUUGCCGUGCACAUCCGAUUUACGGGCGCAAAAAAAAAAACACAACACACACGUGACCGAUUUUCGUUGUGAAGAUUAUGUCUGUUUAUCUCGGCGACGAGAGAGUGGUGUUCGAGGAAAACGGUGACGAGAAGAAGGAGAUCUUGGGAAAUAUAGCGAGCCGUAUAAACAAAGGGGGAGAACCGCCCACAAUGGAGCAGGAGAAGAGAAUCCGACGAGAAAUCGCCAACAGCAACGAGAGGAGGAGGAUGCAGAGCAUCAACAAUGGUUUCCAGUCGCUGCGAAGUCUGUUGCCGCACCACGAGGGUGAAAAAUUGAGCAAGGCUGCCAUCCUUCAACAAACUGCUGAAUACAUCUACUCGUUGGAGCAGGAGAAGACCAGACUGCUGUCGCAGAAUUGUCAGCUCAAGCGUCUGGUCAACCAACACGAAGGUGGCGAGUUACCGCCCAAGAAGCGCAAGACUGAGAUGAUUUUGCCCAACAUCACAACGGACUCUUCGGACGAGGGCCUCGGUUCCAUGUCGCCCGAGCCAGUUGGCAUGAUUACAGUCACAGUUAACAACACCGCCAACGAUUCUCCGGCCGAAUUGAAGAGACAACUCGAAAGAGAGAGGAGCCGACGGGCCGUACUGGAGGACCAGGUCCGGCAGUUGGAGCAGCAAUUGUAUCAGCAACAACAGGUGCAGACGGCGAUCUAUCAGAUCGACGAAGCGGACGACCUAAACUUGCAAUUGGUGGCGGCUGACAGCGUGCCCCCGGUCGGUCAUACCCAGACGGUGGUGUGCUCGCCGCCCCAUUCACGCAGUCCCAGUCCCGAGCCGAAGCUCGUCAUCCCCGAUCGCCUGCCCUCCGUUCUAGAAGCGGCCAUCAAGGCCGAACCGAAAGUGGAAGUGGAACGCUUGCCUUCGCCCAACACCAGCCACGACGAUUCCAGUCCAAGCCGGCUCUACGUGUCGAACACGUCCCGACAAAACUUGGAGACCAUCGUCGAAGCCAUACGACACCUGGAGGGCGACCACAUGUUCGGCGACGAGCCCCAACAGCCGCAGGAGGUGCCGCUCGCGCUAACCACGCGGGUGCCCGAUCUGACGAUCAAGCAGGAGAUGCAGGGCUUCCUCGAAUUCAACAGCGCGACGACGGUGCAGCAGCACCAGCAGUCCCGGCCGGGAGUCAUCGUCGUCAAGCAGGCCUCGUGAUCUAGGAUCAUCCACUUUGCCAGCCGACCGCCUCACGGCGGCGACGGAUCGGCAAAAAAGGAAUAAGAAGCGAGGGCGGCGCCCCGACCCGCCCUCAAGGCGCCACUGGCGUCCAGCGUCGGUGGAGAUGCGGCGCCGACAGGUCGGCCUGUUGAUUAACGUGAACACUGCGUUCUUCUCGUUUGUCGAUUUCGGUUCGGAUUUAUUUUUGCCAAAGAUACUCGUUGCGGAGGUCGGUGCCAUAUUUUGUUCAAAAGUUCAAAUUAUUUAUUUAAAUAUCACUUUCGUGGUAUAAAUAUAUUUUACUCGUUAUUUUCUCGAAUAGAUGUUUUGGUGGUUCAGGAUAAAUUUAGUUUUUUGAAACUGCUGGUCAGAAUUCAUAGAUGCAUACAUACAAACCAAACACAUCUAAUUUAUGGCAUUUAAUUUCUAUUUUCAAUUCAAGUUCAAGUUACAACACAAAAAUCGUUGCUUUUCCGAAAGAAAAGCAUUUUAUUGGAACCAACUAAAAUUUCAUUUUUUUGUAUUUUUGUGCUCUAACUUCGCUUACAUUAAUUUAAGCACCGACGUUUAAGUUGUUUGCUCCGCGUAAAAAUCAACAGGUGGCCUGUACGUGCGGGUGUUUCUCCCAAGAUUUUUUUAAACAUGACGGUUUUUUUAUUAUUUUUUUAUUUGUUACUUAAAACACUUGAAAGUUUCUUUUUAUUUGAAACGCCAAAAAUAUAUAUUUAUCAAUUAUUAACUAGAGAUAUAGUGAAACAUUUUGUUCCUUUUUUGUACAUAUAUAUAUUUAAUGUAAGAUUUGUUCCCGAAUAGGGUGCAUAAUGUAGCGUUUACUAUUAUUACUGUAGUGGGAAGUGACGUUCAGUUUUAUUUUUUUUUAUUUUCAUUUUAUUUCUUGUUUUUAUUAUAUAAAGUUAUGUUACACGGUUUUUUUGUAAAUAGAAAAGCCGCACAUAAAUAUUCUGUAUACGCCUGAUGAAGUUUGUCGAUAAUGUUAAUUGGUUUAUUGUAUAUUGUAUAUUUUUGUUUUUAUGUUAUAUCCGGUGACACAAAAGUGUGAAGGAUGCCUUCAGAUUUGAUUAACAAAAAAGUAACCAAAAGUUGAUACUCAAGUUGAAAACAAAUUAAAACAUGCAUUUUUUUAAAUUGUUGUUUAAAUUUUGGGUGUCGCAAAAAAUGCAAUAGAACAUUUGGAUGAAAUAAUUUUUGCGUGUAAUCGGCGUCGGAACUGGCGCCAGUACUGAAAACUGCGAUAAAAAUGAGUAAUAAAUUCUUUAGGCUAAGAAUGGUUGUCGAUUGGCCGACGCAGCAGUGAUCGCUCAAUGAUAUUGUUGAUAGGUAGUGUUUUUUAUACGGAAGGAUCGGUAGGAAAUUGUUAGUUAUUUAGGACUGGAAAUUGAAUGGACGGCGAUCAGUGCCAGUCGGCGUUUUAACGUUUUGCAUUUGUAUGUACUUACAUCAUCCAAUGACAUAUUUUUUUAUAUACGCAAAUAGAUUGAUUUCUGAGCACUCAGUCUCGUUGAUGUUUUUAUGUUUCGGGAGCAAAGGGGAAGUACUUGAUUAAUCCAAGUACCCAAAAAAUGGUGAUCGGAUUCCUGGACACGUUCAUCGCUUCGAUUUUUUACUGGCGAUGCAUGUUUCUGGCAGUCCUCGCUAUAUUUAGAUUCGUUAGUCCCUGAAUUUACAAUAUGAAAUAGCUUAAUAAUAGUGUAGAUUCCUCUGUCACGAAACAGUCUUUGAACUCCGAUUGGUAAAAUGCAAUGUUUUUUUUGCGUUUUUACAAUUGGCGUUUGGAAUGCGUCAGUCAGAACUGCUUAUUUGUACCAUUUGUCUGACACAUUCCCGUUUAUUAUUCUUGAAAUUUUAGAUAGAUUGAAGUUAGAAUUAUUAUCAAUAUGUUUUUUAUAAAUGUAAAUUGAACAAACUAUUUGGCGUUUGUUGAUCAAGGCCGAUAACACUUUUAAAUAAAUAUAUUCUCAAUAAUUAAUGUUUUAUUCACAUAGUACUUGAAUUAUCCAGGGACUUAAUGUUGUUAGUGGUUAGAUUCUUAAGUUUUUAACCGAUUCGUUGUAUUUUAAAAGUGUUAUAAACUUAAAAUACAAAGAGUCUAUGAUAAAAGCCAUAUCACUUAACAACUGACAUGAAAGUUUUAAAAUUGUAUUAGCAUUAUUCAUAAAACAUUCCUGAAAUUGGGAUGUGCAUCAAGUUAAAUAAUUCAUUCCAUAAAGUAACUAAUAGAAUUUUAAGUGAGUUUUUAAAUGAUAUGGAAAAUUUGCUACAGUUUUGAUUGAGAACAAGAAGGUCAUGAAGACAUGUAUAUUUAUAAGAAUGUGUGUGAUGUUUUUUGAGCAGAAUGAAUAUAUUGUUUAUGCUUUUUAAAUAAAUGCACUGCUUAAUAUCUUAUCAAAAUAUCAUCACUGUAAUAAUUUGAAAGUAAGACUGGGUGUAGACUAGUAAUAAACUAAAAAUAGUAUAGACAUAUUACAUAAGGUUACUAUUAUAAUUAUUGGAUGUAUGUAAUGUAUAUUGAAACUUAGUAAAUGAAAAAUUUUCUUUUAUUAUUGGUUCCCAUUUAUUACUGUGAUUGUAUUUAUAUAAAUUUAAACUAUAACUAUUGUAAUGCUAUUUUAGACUAUGCAGUACUUGUAAAAAAACACUGAUCAUUAUUACAAAAUUGUGAAACAUUGUAAAUGUUUUCCUUUUUAAUGUUUACAGUGCUUCUGUUUUCUUUAAAUAUAUAUAUGUUUAUAUUGUUGCUUUCCCAAUAAGCACACUUAAUAUAUUGUAAUUUUUCAUAGUAGCUCUGGCUCAAGUAUUAUUUGCAAACACGCCUAAACCAUCUACUGUGGAAAAUUACAUGAAAUAAUAAACAUUCUACUGUUUCCUGACAUAAUUUAGAUUAUUACGUUUUUAUACCAGAAUGGAGUAGUUUUACCGAUAAAUGUUUUUGUAUUUAUAUCGGGAAACUGUAGUUGUUAGUAAAUUUGGUCUGGAAAUCACUGCACAUAAACCUCAUGUGCUCUCGAGUAUACUUCUAUUGUGUUGCUUGUAUCAAUCUAAAAUCUUUCAAUAAACUAUUACAAUGUA